AUGAGUUUGUACGGCUCUCAUAACUCUCACAUGACGGAGUUUCUAUGCUACGAAACCGAGAUAUUUCCUUUUACAGAGUCAAAUACACCUACCCAUACACCUUCCCCCAAGGCUUAUCAUGCAGAACUCCUAUUUAAGUCUUGGAACGAAUGCAAAGUCAAACAAAUCUAUUCCCAUCGCCAAGGUAUUUCUUACACGGCUUGGAAAAAACGAAACCUGGCUGUAGAAUCUGGUGAUUCUUCACAAGACACACCCACAUCUUCGUCGUCGAAUCCAAUAACUCCUACUAUUUCAUUACCUGCUAUGGAAAAAAAUCUACCGACAGUGGGUUCGUACGGACCUUACAAUUUCGACAUCCCCACGGACCUUUUACCUUACGUUCCUCCUGGACACCUAUAUGUAAACAAAAAGGCUAAAAGGAGUAAAAUUAUCCCGCCUGGAAGUCCAGAAUGGAUUGAUAAAAUCAAAGUAAUCCAACAAGAAUACGAAACCUAUUAUGAACUAUUGAAAAUAGCCGAAGAUCAAAAAGCUAAAUUUCUUGGUACAUCAUCUAAACAUUUACACAAGAGGAAAGGUCUAGUAUCUGACCUCACCAAAUAUACAGACACCUUUGACAGGAAAUUCACCAGUCUCCUUAAUCGCCGUGCAUGUUGCACAAAACAAAAAGCUAUAAUGCAAGCGAAUGAAGAUUUCAAGACAUUCCAACCCGAUUAUUUCGAAAGAGUACGCAGCCGUAGUACAAAUUAUCAGAACAAUAAAAUUUAA